AUGCUGAACGAGACAAAGAUAUACGGCGGCGUUGUGGUUCGCCUGAGUGACCGGCUGAUGCUGUGCAAAGCCCCCGGGUGCCCGACCAAUGACUUCUCCAUUCCAGGAACCGUGUGGGCAGAGGUCGUGAGCAAAUGCGCUGCGCCCAACUUCCGCACCUCAUCCUUCAUUUCCCUUCAAAGCGAGGACGCAGCGGCGACGGCGGCCACGACGGCGGAGGGGCCCACACAGCUUUCGUACCAUAUCAUGACCGAUAGCGAGCUGGCCUUCGCCAUUCUCGCUGACAAGGCCGUCGCCCGGCGUCAGGGCCACGCCGCACUGGACGAGGCGGCGAAGACGUUUCGCAAAAUGUUUGUGGAGAGUGUGUCGAAGCUAAACACGAAGAUGGUGGACGUGUUUGUGAAGCCCUACCGUGACCUACUUCUUCGCAUGAGUGGGUCGGAGGAGCCGGAGGACAAGGUGCGGAAGGUUAAGAUCGCCGUGGCGGAGGUUAAGGACCUUGCACUGGACAACGUGGAGCGCGUGAUUCAGCGGGGACAGCGGAUUGACGACAUUGUUCAGUCCACGGAGGAUCUUCAAUUUCAGGCCCAGGGCUUUCAGCGUAGCAGCCGCGAUCUUCGCCAGCAGCUCUGGUGGAACUCCAUGAAAGGGAAACUUAUUAUUGGCGGCGUGGCAGUGUUCUUCAUUGUGAUCGUUAUGUUUGUGUUCUUCACCGGCAAUGGCAACAAUAAUUAG